AUGCUGGAGUCGACCUGCAGGGCCUUCUUCGACCUGCAAGGAGUCCAGCUCCGUCCCGCCCCGGAUGCAGUCAUGACGACCCACUUACUCAGUGGCCCGACAUCAAGGGCAGCCACUGCUGACGAGCAUGAUAGGUCUGGAGAUAGGCAGCACAGGUUUGCUGAUCGGGUUAGGAUGCCGCAGGAACGCGAAGCACGGACGGAGACCGACUUGGCAAGCGUAGCAGAUGAAGGCGAGGAGGGUGUAGAAGAUCCACAGCUGCCAAGUCAGGUCGAACAGGCAGAGGAGCACUGGAGGAAGGCGGCUGAUGAAAAGCGGAUGGUCGAAGCAGAAGCCAAGAGUAGACGGGCUGAAGAGAUGCAGCGGCGCAGUGAUGGCGGCACCGAUCCUACCGUCUCUUUCCCGGGAACUGGAGACAUACGUGAAGCAUGGGAGCGUGGGGCACGAGCCGCUGCAAGGGCACACGUGGGAGAGGCAGGAGAGGAGCUCGCCAGCAAUGUGCGGCAGCAUAUCGAGGAGGAUAGGGGAUACGUGAAAGUUCGCUUGCCCAGCCUAAAGCGGAAGGCGGCAGAAGAGGCCCGGAGAGGGGACGUCGACGUGCCAGAGAAUUCGGGAGAGGCGAAAAAGAAGGAGGAGAGCAACGCGGGUGCUAAGGCUCAUAAGAUGGUGGAGGUAGAGGCGCACCAGAAUGCAGAGGAUGCGGCCCAUCGGUUCGUCGAUGCAGAGGCGGUACUUACGGCAGAGGACGGGGCGCCAAAGGAAGCAGAGUCUGCGGCGCAGCAGAAGGUGGGUGCAGAGGCGGUCAAGGGUGCGGAGGCAGUCGCGCGUAAAGAAGCGGGUGCAGCAGCAGAGCUGACGUCGGAGGCAGUCGAGCUGAUGGUUGUGGAGGCAGUGGCGCAGAAGGAAUCAGAGGCAAUGGCGAGCCAGAAGGAUGAGGCAGCGGCGCAGCAGAAUGAUGAGGCAGACGCACAUAAGGAAUCAGCGGCAGCAGCGCAGCAGAAGGAUGAGGGUGCGGCGCCCAGGAUGGUUGAGGCAGAGGCGCAGAAGGAAUCAGAGGCAGCGGCGCAGCAGAAGGAGGAGGGUGCGGCGCCGAAGAUGGUUGAGGCAGAGGCGCAGAAGGCAUCAGAGGCAGCGGCGCUGCAGAAGGAGGAGGGUGCGGCGCCGAAGAUGGUAGAGGCAGAGGCGCAGAAGGCAUCAGAGGCAGCGGCGCUGCAGAAGGAGGAGGGUGCGGCGCCGAAGAUGGUAGAGGCAGAGGCGCAGAAGGCAUCAGAGGCAGCGGCGCUGCAGAAGGAGGAGGGUGCGGCGCCGAAGAUGGUUGAGGCAGAGGCGCAGAAGGCAUCAGAGGCAGCGGCGCUGCAGAAGGAGGAGGGUGCGGCGUCGAACAUGGUUGAGGCAGAGGCGCAGAAGGAAUCAGAGGCAGCGGCGAGGGAGAAGGAUAAGGCAGCGGCGCUGCAUAUGGAGGAGGCAGACGCACAUAAGGAAGGAGAGGCUCGGAAUAAGGCAGAAGCAGCGGCGCGGCAGAAGGCGGAGGCAGAGGAGCAGAAACAGGCUGCGGAAGAGGCACUACAACUGGCUCGGGCUGAAGCGCGGAAGAAGGCUGUUGUAGAGGCGCAGAAGAAGGCGGAGGGUGUUGCGCAGAAGAUGUCAGAGGCCGAGGAGCAGAAGCAGGCUGAGUCAGACGCACGAAGGAAGCCAGAUGGAGAGGACGGUUCAGAUGGGAAUAAAAUGGUACAGACAGAGGGACGGGAGACGGCGGGUGCUGAGGGGCACAUCAUCGCAGAGGAAGAGGGGCAGCAUAACGAGGAGGCAGCGUCGCAGGUAUUCGCAUACCGAGAGACGCAGAGCAUGGCAGAGACAGGGCGUCAAAAUACUAUGGAGGAGGUUCGUGUCGUCCCGGAGGCUGGAGUGGGGCACUACGAGGGAGAUGCGCUGGAAACAGAAGAGGAGCAGAAUGAGGAGGAUACGGUACAUCCGGCAGUACGGAUAUUUUUGGGAGGAAGUCCGACGCGGGGACCAGGAACCGGGGUAGAGGGGCCAUGGAGGGUGGCAGACGAUGGGGCGCCUAGGGAUACAGUGGGUCUCAACAGGCAGAGGCGGCCCACCCUUCACCAGAGAGCAGUGGAGAGGAAUCUCGGCCAAGGCGGGGUGGCAGAAGCGUUUUGGCAGGUAGAGUGGGUCGAGGCAGAGACGGCAAUACGGCGGAUGCUGCAUCGGACGAGUACAGUCCUGGUCGAACAAGGUGACAGGUUCGUCGAGGCCGAAAGCUGGGACAUAAGCCCGGCAGAGGUAACGCGUCGUCUGACGCUCUUAGCCCGAAUGGUGACGCAGACGUUCUGCAACUUGGCGGCCCGCAACAGCAGCAUCAGUCGCGACGUGGCCGAUCUGACCGUCCAUUACUGUCGCGACGCCCUGGCCAACCUGGAAGAAGUCCGCCAUGGAAACGAGGAACGGCGGCGCCAAGCUGAAACGGCGGCCAGGUUUCGCGAGGAGGUGGACACGAGACUCUCCAACUUGCAGGAGAGUAUCGUAAGGGUGAGUGAUCAGGUUCGCCAGUCGGGAGGGGGGAUGGCGGAGGGCACGUUAAAGGGGGUGGAAGAGAGGUUGAGAGAGGUUCUGAGAGAAGAGUCUGAGCGGCGGAACAGGGAUAGACUGCAGGACGAGGAGCGGAGGCAGAAGGCCAUGAGGAAGGAAGCAGACGCCGCAGAGAGACGGAAGAAGGAACAACAGCAGGAGGAAGCGCGUCGGCAGAAGGAGAUGAGAGAGGGAAUGAAGGAGAUGAAGGAGGCGAUGAUGAAGGAGAUGAAGGCAGAAAUGAAGGAGAUGAAGGAUGGGAUGGUAAACCAGAUUGUGGGGAGGUUGAGCGCGGUUUUGCGAGAAGAAUCCGAGCGGCAGAAGAAGGAGAGGCAAGUGGACGCGGAGCGGCGACAACAGCAGGACGCGAAGAGGAAACAAGUGGCGGACGACGAGGAGAGACGCAAGAGGAUACAACUGGACGAGCAAUGGCGGAAGGAGGAGGAGGUGAAGAGGAAGGACGUAGAGGCCACAGAGCGGCGGAGGAAGAACAAACAUCAGGAGGAAGAGCGACGGCAGAAGGAGGUGGAGGCGGGAAUGAAGGAAGUGAUGGAGGCUGUGAAGGAGAUGAAGACGGGGAUUACGGGGUGGAAGGAGGGGAUGAUAAGUGAGGUGGAAAAGCGGCUGUCAAUGGUUCUGAGAUUGGACGCAGAGCGGCGGCAAAAGGAGGAGCAGGGUAGGAAGGCAACGGAGGGAGAUCGGCGACAGAAGGAGGAUGCGCAGAGGAAGGAGGCAGAGGAAGCAGAGCGGGUGGAGAGGGAGAAACAGCAAGAGAUGGCGCUCCUGCAGAAGGAGGAGGCGCAGCGGAAAGAUGCAGAGGAGGCCGAGAGGCAGGAGAGGGAGAAACAGCAGGAGAUGGCGCGCCUGCAGGAGGAGGACAGGCAGAGGAAGGAGGCAGAGGAGGUAGAGCGGCGUCAGAGGGCGAAACAGCAGGAAUUGGACCGCCUGCAGAAGGAGGAGACGCAGAAGAAGGAGGCAGAGGAGGCCGAGCGGCAGCAGCGGGCGAAACAGCAGGAGAUGGAGCGCCUGCAGAAGGAGGAAGCGCAGAAGAAGGAGGUAGAGGAGGCCGAGCGGCAGCAGAGGGCGAAACAGCAGGAGAUGGAGCGCCUGCAGAAGGAGGAAGCGCAGAAGAAGGAGGCAGAGGAGGCCGAGCGGCAGCAGAGAGCGAAACAGCAGGAGAUGGAGCGCCUGCAGAAGGAGGAAGCGCAGAAGAAGGAGGCAGAGGAGGCCGAGCGGCAGCAGAGGGCGAAACAGCAGGAGAUGGAGCGCCUGCAGAAGGAGGAAGCGCAGAAGGAGGCAGAGGAGGCGGAGCGGCAGCAGAGGGCGAAACAGCAGGAGAUGGAGCGCCUGCAGAAGGAGGAAGCGCAGAAGAAGGAGGCAGAGGAGGCGGAGCGGCAGCAGAGGGCGAAAUAG